CCCAACCCGGUUCGGAUUAGAUAGCCGAUAGCCCGCCUGCCUCCUCCUCUCUCUUCACCACACCGCGACUCCUCGCCGCCGCCGCCGCCGACGACGCUGCCGCUGCUCCCCCCUCCUCCUCGCUUCUCGCACGCCCCCAUGGCGACGGCUAUGAUGGCUGCGGCCACCACCUCGUGCUCCCCGCGCCGCGCGCCGGCCGUGCUCAGGCCCGUCGCGUCGUCGUCGGCGCAGCCGCCCAGGCGGCGGGAGCAGCAGCCGCGGGGAUUGAAGCAGAUUCCGGGUCUGGUGGCGACGGCGGCGGCGGCGGCCGUAGCCGCGGCGCCGCUCCCGGCGCUGGCGGAGCAGAUGGAGAAGGCGGCGCUGUUCGACUUCAACCUGACGCUCCCGGCGAUCGCGAUCGAGUUCCUGCUGCUGAUGGUGGCGCUGGACAAGCUCUACUUCACGCCGCUGGGCAAGUUCAUGGACGAGCGCGACGCCAAGAUCCGGGCGGAGCUCGGCGACGUCAAGGACGCGUCCGAGGAGGUGCGCCAGCUGGAGGAGCAGGCCGCCGCCGUGCUGAAGGCCGCCCGCGCCGAGAUCGCCGCGGCGCUCAACAAGAUGAAGAAGGAGACAACCCAGGAGCUGGAGGCCAAGCUGGAGGAGGGCCGCAGCCGCGUCGAGGCCGAGCUCGUGGAGGCGCUCGCUAACCUGGAGGCGCAGAAGGAGGAGGCCGUCAAGGCGCUCGACGCUCAGAUCGCCUCCCUCAGCGACGAGAUCGUCAAGAAGGUGCUCCCAUCCGCGUGAAGGCAGGCCGGCGAUCUUGCCCCCCCACCAUGUCUCGUAAAGAUUUUCUCAGUGUUUAUCGGCGACCAUGACAUUUGUGUGUAUACGCUGCUGCUGGGCUGCCGUCCAUUGCCGGCGCUGGCCCUCCUAAGAAUGUAAUUUCAGUGAGCUUCUCUCGUCAUAAGUAUAAAUUAAUAACCCUUUUGUAGAAAUUGGGUUGCAUUUGUCCUUUUCU